GAAGCUGCUGUCGACAGAGGUGGAUCAUGCGAGCGCUCAAAAGCUCUUAUUAUAGAAUGAAUACAAAUAUAGUAGUACUUUUUCUCUAACGUAUUUCUACUCAAUAAAGCAAAGCGCGCCGAAGCCGAACUCAACAACUGGAUAAGAUAAGACCAGAAGUACAAUAACUUCACACGUCAUCUUCAACGUCGCAUUUUCACUUUCUCAACAACGAGAGGAAAAAGAUGGUUCCGCAUGUAGUAGACAUGGCUGCGGACGAGCGCAUUGAUUGGCGCCACAAGUCCUUUCGUCUGACUGGUUGCUACUUGGUGUUUUACACCAUCCUGACGGGUAUUGCGGGUGUCAUUGUGCUAUUGCAGGAUGUUUCUCCGCUACAGUCUCUGUGGGAGACCUCGAUUCUGCAAUGCAGCGCUCCUCUUCCGGGUCCUGUGCCUUCUACGUCAAGUUGGAGGAGCUUGAGUACGACUAUGCUGAGCACGGAUGUCGUUCAGGAACCAGAGACUUCGAAGAAUGUUCAGGAAAGAGAAAAAGAAAAGCAGGAGGACAAAAGCCAGUCCGAUAUCAUCAAAGACACGAAGACGGAGAAGAACAAAGGGAACAACAAGCAGGAAAACGAGGCAGCACCUGAGAAUGCUAAAGGUGACGCAGAGGCUGUGGGGAUUACAGAUGCCAGCCCCCCUUCUAACGAGGAUGGCGAACCUGUAGGAACAGAUAACCAGUCUUCUGGUGAACCGACGCCCGUUGACGGACCUGCUUCGGAUGAAAAGUUGCCUUUUUCAGGAUCGGAGAAAAAGCCUCCUGAAGAAGACAAUAGUACAAGUGGUCCGAUUCCGAUUCCCGCAUCGACGCGCUGUCACUUGUGGGCACGCUUGGGAGCGUUUUUGACAAUGGUCGCCCACAUAGUCUUCUUUGCCUCGAUUGCGAAUUUGACACUCAAACUUGCGAAACCAGGAAAUUUUGGAACACGUACUACCUGUGAUUCUGAUUUGAAUAAAAGCAGUCCUUAUCUUACUAUGCAGCGGAUGUGUUACCACGCUGUACGGACCUGGAUGAUGAAGUACGUAGCAUGAGCGAUUCAUUGAUUGUUUUGAGUGCAACCGCAUAGAAAAAACCCUAGUACUGCUGUCGUUGUAAGUAGGUCAAGCACUAGCACUACAAUGUGUACCUCCUCUUGAGUUGUAGAUGUUCGAAGUGAUACCACGAGAGUAUCGUUUUGUUUUCAGUUCUAAAAAUCUUGACCUUCUAUCAUUUUCACCUGAGGAUCACGAUCUUCACUUAGAACCACACAUGAUAAGCAUUUUAGCCAACGUCCCUCUACUUCAUCUGGAGACAUCAACAUCUUCAUCCGAAACAAGCUAUGCAGGUAAUUGCCAGCGCUGUGGUUUGUUUUUCUUGACACAGCUGGAUUUUGCUCGCUACCUCGCCUGUGUCGUCUUCCUCCGGAGCCUGCCGUUGACUCUAUGCGUCUACGGAGAAGACGCGGUGUUUUCGCAACACCAUAGUACGACUCAGAUCGGUUGGGGACCCCGCGCCUCUACUUCGUCUGGUGCUGCGACUGGAUCCUCGUCUAUGUCUGGAGGGUCUACGUCUGCCUCUGGCGUAGGAUUCGGUGGAAUCGGCAUUGAAGACUAUUCAGGAGGUACAGUUAGGGUCCAGGCAACGACCUUUGGUCAAUUUUGGGUACUAGCAACCACGGCGUGGGAAGUUUUCUACGGCGUGUUGCUUUUGUGGCGACUGAUCGCGUCAGCCGCAUCGUUGUGUCCCAGUACGAUGGAGAGCGGACCGGUUUUGGAAGCACAGGAAGACAAGAAUACGGAAAUGGAUGACUAUCCUCAAGAAGGAGGAAGACAUCUGGGCUAUCAUCCGCGAGCGGUACCACAUGCUGGGGUUCCAGUUUGA